AUGGCUUCAAAGGCGGUGGUUGCAUCUGCCAUGGGAGCAUGUGCGGUAGGAGUCGCCGUUUCCAUAUGGUACAUAAUCGCAAUUAUGAACGACAUCCAUCGUUUCGUCGAUGACGUCACUAAGGAUCUAAAUCAAUUUAAGGAAAAAGCCGAUGAUGUGUGGCGCGAGUUGGUGCCUGCUUCACAGUCCUACUCAUCAGCGAAGAUUGAGGUACUUUUACGAAAGGAAAAGCGACAGAUCAACGCAGCAGGGCAACAGUGCCAGUGCGGCCCUCCACCAGCAAAUUGUGAACGAGGGCUCCCUGGUCCACCAGGAGAGCCUGGAGAACCAGGGCGUAAGUAG